GAGAAACUAUUCCACGUACGUAUUAACCUUUGACCUUAACCUUCUUAAACAGAAAAUAUUGAAGUUUUUAUGUUCUUGUGAUAGAAAUAUACAGUAACAGAAUAUUUUCUUUGGCCUUUAUUGACAUAUUUUAGAAGAAAAAUAGAUUACUUCCUUGUUUUAUUAUUAUUUCACUCAUCAUACGUUGUAGAAAGGGAACCGCAAAGUGAAAAAACAGGUUUUGUAUGCUCAAAUCCUUCAAACGAGUGAUCAAUCUAUUUAGCAAUUUAAAAACUUUCAGAUUUAUAUAGAAUUUGUUUUGUCUGUUACUUAUUUAGGACAAAUCUUUAGUGUAAAUUGAGUUGAGAGUUUUGUUUUUUCUUCUCUCGUAAUGAUGACUUGCCGUUUGGCCAAAAGUUAUGGUUUAAUCAAAUUGUUGUUGUGUAAUAAGAAUAAUGGCCGUCGUCUUCGUUUUCCUCCGGCUGAUGGGUUCUCUGCGUUUCACAGUUGCUCCACCACGAGGAACAGAUCCAUGUCUGCUUCUAGUUCCUCCACAAAUCCCAUGUCCCGUGAGGACGCAACAACACUGCUUCCGUCUGUUCAAGACAAGUACGGUGGCGUGAUGACCGAGAUGACUCAUCCCAUGGAUCCUUCUCUCUUCUCCACACUUCUCCGAUCCUCUCUAUCUACCUGGACUCUUCAGGGCAAAAAGGGAGUGUGGAUCAAGUUGCCAAAGCAGCUUAUUGGUCUUGCUGAAACUGCUGUUAAGGAGGGAUUCUGGUUUCACCACGCGGAGAAAGACUACUUGAUGCUUGUCUAUUGGAUUCCCAAAGAAGACGAUACGCUUCCUGCCAAUGCAUCUCACCGUGUUGGCAUAGGUGCCUUUGUCAUUAACCACAACAAAGAGGUGCUGGUGGUUCAAGAGAAGACAGGGAGAUUUCAAGGUCAAGGUAUCUGGAAGUUCCCCACCGGAGUUGUGAAUGAGGGUGAAGACAUUCAUGAUGGCUCAGUCAGAGAGGUGAAAGAAGAGACCGGAGUGGAUACAGAAUUCGACCAAAUAUUGGCCUUCAGACAAACACACAAAGCGUUCUUUGGAAAGUCAGAUUUGUUCUUCGUGUGCAUGUUAAAGCCCCUUUCUUUGGAGAUCAACGCACAGGAGUCAGAGAUUGAGGCAGCUCAGUGGAUGCCUUGGGAGGAAUACAUAAAUCAACCAUUUGUACAAAAUUAUGAGCUAUUGAGGUAUAUGACAGACAUUUGCUCUGCUAAAACCAACGGAGACUACGAAGGCUUCACUCCUCUCCGCGUCUCUGCACCUGAUCAACAAGGCAACUUGUACUACAACACCCGCGACUUACAUUCGCGCAAUUGA